AUGAUGAGUCGUAAAGUCAUGCGCCGUAAAUGUAAGGAAAGUUUUGACAGUUUGGUCAACAAACUUCAACGUCUGAAGGCUCGAUGAAGGAUUUAGUUGUGUGCUUUCUGUUGUUUGUCACUGCUCGGCCGUCCAUGACCGAAGAACUCAGAGGGUGGUGGCUGACAGAUGUGCUGGCGGCCUACUCGCAGGGUCACGGCCCUCAGCACUCCCAUCGCUACGUCAGAGACUGUCAGCCCGUCGUCCACGGCAACACCACGCAUGAGACCUGGACCUCCAACAAGGACCCUUUGCUGCCCGUGGCCGAGUCCUACGUGUUUGUGUCACAUCUGCAGAACAGAGUAGUGAGCGGUCACUUCACCGUGGUCAACGACCCGCUCAGGACCGUGUCUGUGCUGGAGCCCGGCCGUCCAGGAGGCUGCGAUCGUCACAAAUUUGCCUCGGUGGAAGAAAGCGCGCGCGCCGGCAGGUGUUUGUACGCCCAGAACGCUGGUUUCUUCAACACUCAGACGGGCGAGUGUCUGGGUAACGUGGUGAGCGACGGCCGGCUGGUGAAGAACAGCGGCGGCGUGCAGAACGCCCAGUUUGGCAUCAGGAGGGACGGUACUCUGGUGUUUGGGUACUUGUCUGAAGAAGACAUCCUGGACCAGUCCAACCCUUUUGUCCAGCUGGUCAGUGGUGUGGUGUGGCUGCUCAGAAAGGGUGAAGUCUACAUCCCGUCCAGUCUGCAGGCGGAGUGUGACAAGACCCAGGAGACUGGUGUGUUCCAACAUUUCACCGAUGUUAUCUCGGCCAGGACGGCCGUGGGCCACGACGCUCAGGGCAGGCUGAUUCUGUUCCAGGUGGACGGGAAGACCACAGAACGAGGAGUGAGUCUUUGGGAGAUGGCUGACCUGAUGAAGGAGAAGGGAGUCAUCAACGCCAUCAAUCUGGAUGGAGGCGGGUCUUCCACCUUUGUGUCCAAUGGCUCAUUAGCCAGCUACCCUUCUGACGAUUGUAAAGCAGACAAGAGUUGGCGUUGUGCUCGGCGAGUCUCCACCAUCUUGUGUGUCCACCCACGCCGCUGCCAGCUGUCAGACUGCGGCGCACACGCCAGCUGUGCCCACGGCGCUUGUGUGUGUGACGCUGGGUGGAGAGGACCCAACUGCAGCCAAGCCACAGACAACACAACCUUGAAGAUGGAAGACAACAUUUACCUGACAGAACCUCCCUGGCUGACCAUCUGCAUCAUUCUGAGCACGUUGCUGCUGCUCAGUCUGACGGCACAGGUGUUGUGGGCGUGUCGCAGCAGGCUGUGCACACCUGAGCAUGGCGACUACACAUACCUGCCGCUGACCACUAACACUGGAGCCUCAGACUCAGACGCCAUGGAGGAGUCCAGGAAAGAGUUUAGGGAUGAUUCACUCUCUCUGGAGUUAACAUGACUUCAAUCUUCUGCUGACAAAAAAGGUAAAACCUCAGUUCUUUUUUCAUUUUAAUUUAUUGCCGUAAAGUCUGCAUCCUUUGUUAAUAAGCACCUGAAUUUAAAGUUGUGAUUUAAACUCUUUUGUAUUUCAAUGUGUGUCGGAUAUCUUACAGUCAAAAGUUGUGUUUUUGCUCAUUAAUAAUAGUGUUUGGCCACAAUACCCAGCAUGCCUACCGUCAAGCAUGGUGGUGGUAGUAUUAUGCUCUGGGCCUGUUUUGCUGCCAAUGGAACUGCUGCUUUACAGAGAGUAAAUGGGACAAUGAAAAAAUCAUCAGCCCGGAGGUUGGGUCUUGGGCGCAGUUGGGUGUUCCAACAGGACAAUGACCCCAAACACACCUCAAAAGUGGUAAAGGAAUGUCUAAAUCAGGCUAGAAUGAAGGUUUUAAAAUGGCCUUCCCAAAGUCCUGACUGAAAGGUGUGGACAAUGCUGAAGAAACAAGUCCAUGUCAGAAAAGCAACACAUUUAGCUGAACUGCAGCAAUUUAGUGGUCAAGUGGUCAAGCAGAAGCUUGUGGAUGGCUACCAAAAGUGCCUUAUUGCAGGUAAACUUGCCAAGGGACAUGUAAGCAAAUAUUAACAUUGCUGUAUGUAUACUUUUCACCCUCACAUUUUCA